AUGUCCUCAGAGGAGAACUUUGAUACUCAUGACUCUGACUGUCCCCAUCCUCGGGGUAGACCCGAAUACGGCGUCGAAGCUCGGUGUUUAAUCUAUCCUCCUGACACGAGAGUACGAGUUCAGUUCAAUGGGUCUUCUUAUGAAGCUAUCAUUGUAAGCGCAUUUGCUUGGCUCUUUUGGAACGUUGCCGAGUCCCGUGCUAAGGUGACGGAGAAUGGGAUAAGAACCACAUCAGAAAUACCACCUUGGUUAUCCUUAUGUGGCAUUCUAGAUUUAACAUUGCCCCUUCAGAACGUCGAACCCAAUGGAUACGUUGUCAGAGACAAUAAUGGGAACUACCAUCAUGUCCAACACGGCGAAAUCCUACAAGCGAUUCCCUGA